CAAAAAUCUUUGCCUGGUUCCGAGCACCUGGCAUUGCUGCUUUGUUUCAAGCGAAACAGCAACCCAGCUACGACCACCGCAAUCAUUUUUACCUUCCAGCCAAAGAUAUCCGUUUUGGACCUGGCCAGAUAGCUAGAUUGCCGCUUUGCUUUGCUUCGUUUCGUUGACAAGAACUUGUUGAGGAAAAGACCUGGUCCAAGAGCUUUGCUGGACAGUUACAGAAAAGACAACCCACUGAAAGCGUCCGCGAGAUUCGCUUCAUUAAAUUCCCAUUUCCAAUAUCCAGUCUAAGAUCACACGAUUCAUCAACGAGCGACUGAUUAAGAUGAAGACCAUUCUGAGCUUGGCCCUUCUGUCGGCCUUGGUGGGGUCCAGUGAAGCCGGUGGAGUAACAAGUCGACUCCAAGUCCAUAUCCCCAAAACUCUUACACGUGAUAAGGGCUAUGAUCACCGAGAAGCUCUCUUUGGUGUCCCCCCCUAUGGAGGUAGCAUUCAGCAGACCGUCUACUAUGCUGAUCAGGAUUUGUGCGAUUCCAAUGUGGAUACCACAAAGGGAUUCCCAGAACGCAAAGAUGGUGGUCAUUGGCCUUCUCCCUACAUCCUCAUGGUUGACCGUGGUGACUGUACCUUUGUCAGAAAAGUUCGCAAUGCCCAACGUUCCGGUGCAGCAGGAGUGAUUAUUGCGGAUAACAAAUGUCUCUGCAGUGCUGGUGACAAGUGCAAGCCGGACGAUGCCGAAGAAGUCUGUGAAAUGAAAGAACCCAUCAUGGCAGAUGAUGGUAGUGGAUCCGAUAUCUCGAUUCCAUCCUUUCUCAUGUUCAAAGAAGAUGCGGAUCCCAUCCGAGAGGUCCUCAAACAGAACAAAAUGGUCCGCAUGGAAAUGACAUGGGCAAUCCCCAAGGAAGACAACCGAGUUGAAUACGAUUUGUUCACCACACCCACGGAUUCCAUUAGCCGGCCCUUCCAGGAUCAGUUCAAAGCUGCUGCCCUUGCCCUGGGAAAACACGCCAAAUUCACUCCUCACAUGUACAUUUACGAUGGAAUCAAAGCCGGAUGUCAAGGAUUUGAUGGAGAGAAUCAAUGCUACAAUUUGUGUACUAAUAAUGGGAGGUAUUGCGCUACCGACCCUGAUGACGAUCUCGACAGCGGAAUCUCAGGUGCCGACGUGGUCACAGAAUCACUUCGACGGGCUUGUAUUUGGAAGAUUUAUGGUGCCGAUGGUGUGGGAGAAAAAUGGUGGACCUAUGUGGAAGAAUUCAUGUACCGCUGCCAAGAGGAGGAUUAUUUUAUGAGUGACGAUUGUAUCAAUGAUGUCUACGUUCACGCCGGUGUGGUCAAAGGGGAUGUCGACGCUUGUAUGCUGGACUCGGGUGGUCUCGAAGGAGACGAGUCGAACUCGGUCUUGGAGGCGCAACUUGGAGAGCGAGAAGCCUCGGGUGUCGUCAUUAUUCCGUCCAUGUACGUCGACACGGCAGCCAUUCGCGGAGCUCUCGAAUUUUCCACGGUCUUCAAGGCAGUGUGCGCUGGAUACACCUCCAACACGGAGCCUGAAGUUUGUAAGAAAUGUGCCAACUGUUUGGACGAAUAUGGCUGCGUCGUUCAAGGAAAGUGCACCGCCGGCGGUGUCUCGGGGAUCAAGAGUGGUGUCACACCAGAGGCUUUUGCAGGGACGCUUGGUGUCAUGGUAUUCAUCUUUUGCAUUGCUGGAUUUAUUCAGUGGCGACGAACUCAAUCGCAGAUGAGAAAUCAGGUUCGCGGUAUCAUGGCCGAGUACAUGCCUUUGGAUAAGAGACAAGCCAUGGGUGAUCAUGAUACAUCGGUUGGACUUUCGGAAGGGGAUGGAGAAUUUUCGUAAGCACAUGCUGCAUUCGAGAGGAGCAUUCGGAUGGAAUCGUCAUGCUCAUGCCAAAGCACCACACACAGUACCAUCUACCAAAGCGAGGAGCAUGGUGGUUUUGUUUGGAGAGUUUCCUGGAGUUCUUACUAGAUUUAAAAAUUAAGUAGAUGGAAAGAUAUGAAAAAGGUGGUCUUCAACAGUCACCGUCGACAACAUGCAUUUGGGAUGACAGAAAAAUUCUGAAAGCUUGCCUUCUCCCGGCAUAACUUAUUUCGUGCUGCUUGCACCAAGAACUGGCUGGGUGGUUGCCUCCUCCUUCUUGAUCACAGCGGGCUUGAUAGGACCGUUCGUGCCGUACCACAUGCCACGAGUCCACAGCUUCCAAUAUACGAAUGGGAAGAGGCGUUCCUUAAGAAUCCAAAAAAAUCUCAUCUGCAGGUCGCCGUCUGUCCCGACGUACUUCAAGGGGAACUUGCCUAAAAGGCGAAGGAGGGGCCAAUGGCACAGGCAAUCCGCGUGAGUGAUGAGCCCAAACGAUCCAGGAGCUUGCCAAUCUAAAGAGAAUAAAGCUUACCAGUCUCUCGCGAGAAAGUUUCCAUGAGUCGGCCUCCAUAGCCGAACUCUGCAAGCAUGGUGUGCCCACGGCUGUUCAAGAGAAUACAAAUGAGAUCAGAAAGAAAGCAAUACCGAAAUCAAGCGAUGAACGGAACACAACAAACCUUAUAAUCAACGGACAGCUGGCAUAGCCAGUGUAGAAACCAUCGAGCUUCUUCCCUUCAAUCUCCCUUCGAAGGUUGUGGACAAGGACAGGAGCUUGGCUGGUGAUGGCAGCAGCUGUCUUCGAAUUUGGAGUAUUGGUACAGUCUCCAAGUGCAAAUACAUUGGAGAACUUGGUGCUCUGCAUGGUGUGCUUGUCAACGUCGACAAAACCCUUUGCAUCAGAAAGCGGGGAUCCUUGCAGAAAGGCGGGCGCGUACAUGUGCGGGGCUACAUGCAACAUGUCAAAGGGUUGUUCAACCUUUUCUUUGGUGUCAACGUUUUCGAACGUUGCCACUUUGUUCUCUGGGUCAAUCUUGACAAGCUGCUGCUUGAAUUUGGCCUCAACACCACGGUCUUCUCGGAUCUUGUUGAGUUUGUCCGAGUAGUACUUGACACCGAACAUGGUUCCACCAGGGGUCCAAUAGGUGAUGUUGGCCUGAUCCCGUUUGCCCUGAGAACGUAGAGUGUCUUCCAACAACCACAUGAUUUUCUGCGGGGCACCUGCACACUUCAGAACAGUUGGACUGAAAGUAAAGAGAUAGUUCGCCUUUUGCUUGUCGCCAAAGGCGCCUGAGCCACUGACUCUUUGGAAGGUCUUGAAAGUCUUGUCCGCCCAGUUGUAAUCAUAGAUAGAAACCACACCAGAGUCUUUGCUUUCAAGACCCUCCUGAAGACCGGGAACCUGGUCAAAUUUGGUCUCGAUUCCUGCUGCCACAACAAGAUAGUCAUACUCGAUUUUCUUUCCGUCGGCUGUGGUGAUCUUAUUCUCAGUGGGUUGGAAUGAUUCAACUUUGUUCUGGACCCAGUUGGUACCCUUGGGAAGAAUAUCUUUCAUGGGUUUUGCACUCUCUGAGACAUUCUUGACGCCGCCUCCACAGAGGGUCCAAAGUGGCUGGUAGUAGUGGACAUCUUUUGGCUCAAUGAGAGUUACGUUCUUCAUAUCUUCGUUUCGAAGCAUUGCCGCAACGCCAAUUCCUCCGGUGCCGCCUCCAACAAUGACAAUGCGAUCAGGAUGCUGCUUGGGACGCAAGAAAAGGUAACCACCCAUCACAGUGGCUCCUGUUCCAGCCAGGAUGGCACUUCGAUUUUUCGAGACAAAGCGAAACAUUGUCGGAGUUUUUAACAAUGAUAGUCUUGGAGCUUGGGGUUGGGAGGAGGGCAAAAUUGUGAGC